AUGGCGCCCUACCUCGGAUCACCAGACGAGCCCGCCAUCAACGGGAUGAAGUUGAAGCUGCGACAGAUCGAAUGCAGCGGGACGCCAUAUGAGAUCGGCUUCAAACAUGGCCGCGAAGCCACCUCCCAAGUCCACGGCACCAUCGCCUUCUACACCUCCAUGUUCCAAACCAGCUCCAAGCUUGAAUGGCCCCAAGUUCGCCAAAUCGCCAUGGACUUCGAGCCCAACCUCCGCCGCAAAUGGCCUCGCUAUGUAGACGAGAUGCAAGGUCUCGCCGACGGUGCCGAUGUCGAACUCGCCGAUAUCAUCGCCUGCAACGUGAGGACUGAGAUCGCGUUUGGGAUGUUUUCCGAUGGAUGUACUGCGCUGUCGUGGCGCACGGAGGGUGCGAGUUUUCUGGCACAGAACUGGGACUGGAUGGAGGCGCAGAAGGCGAAUCUUGUGGUUUUAACGAUCAAGCAGGAGGGGAAGCCAGGGAUCAAACUGGUGACGGAGGCUGGGUUGAUUGGGAAGAUUGGGUUGAACGAUGCGGGUGUAGGGGUGUGUUUGAAUGCUAUUAGGGUUAAGGGGAUGGACGCUACGAAGUUGCCCUGUCAUCUUGGGCUGAGGAUGGUGUUGGAGUCGAGAAGUAGGGAAGAGGCGGUGCGGAGGCUGGAGGAGUUUGGCAUUGCGAGUUCGUGUCACAUGCUCAUCGCUGACGCGGAAGGAGGUAUUGGGCUCGAGUGGAGUUCGUCGGAUGUGCAGAAGUGCGAGAUGAAUGGCGAGAAGCAGGUUUUCCACUCGAACCAUUUCCUGCUUGAACAUCCGGGGGUUGGGGAGGACACGCAGUGGAUUAAGGACUCUGGGUAUCGGGUGACGAGGAUUGAAGAGCUAGCAAAGCAGCUGAAGGGUGCUCCAACGAAGCAGAAGCUGUUUGAGAUUUUCAAGGACGAGUCGAAUUAUCCUGGUGCGAUCUGUCGGGCGCAGAAGGCUCCUUCGACUAGCGCGAGUCUGUUCAAUAUUAUCGUGGAUUUGAAAGCGAUCAGGGGGGAUGUUACGCUGGGACGACCCACGGAGCCAGAAGAUUUUGUGCAGUUAGCGUUUUGA